AUGAGCUAUCAUUAUCAAUCAUACUCGCAUACAACCACCUCUACAAGCUCAGGCGGUCAAACGCACACAACAUCUACCACCAGAACCACCACAUCGUCCUCAGAAAAUGGUACUACCUCCUCAGUCAUUGUGCGUGAACUAUCUGAGAAUGAGCUCAGUGGAUUGUCCUUGGAAUCAACACAGAAUUAUGAAAUUACAGACGACGAUUGCCUGACCAAGUAUGAUUUCUACUCUUUGAUGGACUCUGAUGAUAAUGAAUCAGAGACAGAAUCCGAGUCUGAUAUCGAAUACCAUUGGUUUCCCAGUUUGCUGAAGACUUCCUUUAUCGAGUUCUUGGACGAUAAAGAACAGGAUGCUUACAUGGAGGAUGAUACCUAUGAUGCCAAAGUGCAAAUUGAAGAAAAUAGUGAUUCCGCUUCUCCCGAAGACGCGGAAGAAGAGGAAGAGGAAGAGGAAGAAAAAGAAAUGGUCCAACAUCAUUCUCGUCGUGGUGGAAAAAGAUAUCACAAACGACAUGCAAAGAAACACUCCAAAAGACCCAGAAGAUCCGAGCAAGUCCCUGUUGAAGUCGUUCAUGUCGUUCUCUAA